CUCACGCAUUCAAAUAUGGGAACAAUGAAGCAAGAGCUUCCUCUCACUCAUUCAAAUAUGGGAACAAUGAAGCUCUGCAUCUUUCUCCUCCUCGUCUUUGUCGUUGUUGUUCCAUUCUCCUUUGCCUUUCAUGAAACCUCCCACAGUUCAUCCCUCCUCGACGAUAUUUCUAAAUACAGCUUCUUUGGUGGAGACUCCUCUGAAGCUAUGACUGAAGAUACUCGACGACAACUUUUCCAAUAUGGGUUCGCCUAUAAUGCGGAAGCUCGCAAGAGGGUUUUGAGCUACUAUGCACUUAGUAAGAAUAAUAUCCCUUGUGGCCGUCGUGGUACCUCGUACUAUGAUUGCAAGAAGCGUAGAAGGAUCAAUCCUUAUCGUCGUGGUUGUGCCGCCAUCACUGGAUGUGCUCGAUUCACCGAUUAAACAUUGUUGCCUCAUUGAAUUGGAUUGUCUUUGCUUUUAUCAUCCAGUAUUGAUCUGAUUGGUCUUCUUUCAUUUUAUUUUGGUGUCUUGCUUUUAUCAUAAUGGAUUGAUCUAAUGGAUUGAUCCAAUGGGUCUUUUAAAUUUGUUUCGGUGAUUUUUUUUUUUGUUUUUUAAAUCCUCAUCGUGGUUUGUCACCAUUACCAAAUGAGCUCGACUUAAU